UGGGACCAGCUCCUCACAAGCACCAAAACUAUUUAAGUCCUCGUCAUAACUAUUUCAUGAAAGCUGGGAUGCCCCAAACCCAUUUCUCCAUUAAAAGAAGAAGAAAAAGAAAAACAAAAGCUCCUUAACUAUGUGCUGCAUGUCACCAGCCAAUUUCUUUGUGGAAAUGUGGAUCACAAAAUUUUAACAGAGAAAGAAAACUCCCCCUUCUUGAAUGUUAUUAUUGCCUUGGUGGAUUGUGAGGGUAAAUGGAGACACUCUGACUAGAUGCUGUAGAACCACAAAAAAUCCCAGAAGUCAUGGAAAUAUGUUAAGAAAGGAGGAAACUUUUAUAGAUUUAGGACAGAUUAGAGCUUCCAACAUAUUUUCUGGGUAUUGUAUGCAUUUUUUAUACUAAAUGGCAAAGAUGUAUGAUUUUAUGGGGAGAAGCAUUUUGUUAGUAAAUUAAAGGUCUCACCUCUGGUCGACUGUGGAAUGCAAAGAUUUAUGACCCCUCUUGUUGAGAACCUGUAGAGCCUCAGGCUCUGCCUCCACCUGUGAGCCCUGUGUAAUGACCAGCCAGACACAGGAUGGAGUUAAUGGUCAUCUAAACCAUCUAAGUUUUCUAAUUUAACCAUAUAAAAAGCCAGACAGCUACUGUCAAGUGGUCCAAUCCUUACUGAACUUGAGUUCUUUAACCCUGAGCCUGUUUCUUAGAUAUCCCCUACUUAUACUCAAACUUGGAUUAUUUUAAGGAAAACAUCUGGCUCCAAUUAGAGUCUUUUUCUCCCUCCGUUCUUGUUCACGUCACCCCCCUUACGGCUCUAACUCACCACUGUCGUCGUUUCAGCAUCUUUGCCUGUCUCAAUCUAUUCCUGAAUUCCCCCUCUUUCUCAUUCCUCUCCACUCAUUCAUUCUCUCCGCCCCUCAUGAACAAACGACCUCCUCCUCCACUGUUUUUCUUACCUCUCAUGUCCUCAUACCAUCCUCCUCUUUUGCCAUAGUCUGCUUUGCUUUCUGUGCGUACUGAACCAUGAUGCAUGCAGGCUGCACCGGGGGGCUCCUCUUGUUCCUGUCUUUGACUUUAGGAUGGACCAAGGCUCAGCAGACCAGUAACAUCAAGCCUGUGUUCAACUGUGGAGGAGACCUGGUGGCAGAAUCUGGCUUUGUUGGCAGUGAGGGGUUCCCAAGCUUUUAUAAACCCAACAGCAAAUGCACCUGGCGCAUUACCGUCCCAGAGGGAAAUGUGGUCACAUUGGCUUUCCGGAUUUUUGACCUGGAGGCUGAUUCACAAUGUCGCUAUGAUUAUCUGGAUGUUUACAAUGGCCAUUCCAACUUAGUGCAAAAACUGGGUCGCUUCUGUGGAACAUUCCGGCCUGGCAAUCUUAUUUCUACCACAAACACCAUGACGCUGGAGAUGGUGACCGAUGGCGAGACCCAGAGCAGAGGAUUUGUAGCUUAUUUCAGUGGAACCAAACCCUAUAAUGACCAGGAGAUUUGUGGUGGAAAGAUGACAAAGUCCCAGGGUGAGAUCAUGACACCUAACUGGCCUGACAACAAAUACCCACCAGGAACGAGCUGCUCCUGGCUCCUCACUGUGGAGCCUGAUAUGGUAAUCCAGGUGACAUUUGAUAAGUUUGUCCUGGAGGUUGACACCUACUGUCGGUUUGAUUAUGUGGCAUUUUAUAACGGUGGAGAGAAGGAUGAUUCACGCCUGAUAGGAAAAUAUUGUGGUGACCGGACCCCACAACCCAUUAUUAGCAACGGAAAUGUGCUAUUGAUCCAGUUUGUGUCAGAUCUCAGUGUGCCAUCUGAUGGAUUCUUGGCCCACUAUACCACCAUUCCACAUGGUUCUCAGGCACCAACAAUAGACUCCGACAGGAGAUCAAUCUUCUCAGAAUCUUCUGCCAAGCCUGCUGAACCCAAACAUCCUUCUGUCACUGCACCACCACCCAUCCCCACCACCAAACAUGUGCCGCCUCCUGCCCUGAAUCCCACCGAGAGACCCAAACCAGUCAAGCCCACAAGAGGCCGAGGUAAAGGCCCCACAGGUCAGGAUGAGAGAGUGACUGUGCCAAGGCAGAAUGGAAAGAGGCCUGUUUCUCAAAAUCCACUGUGUGCAAAAGCCUGUAAAAGAGAUGGAAACAUUAAGACCAGUUUCUGUUCCAGUGAGUUUGUGAUAACUGGGAAGGUUACUUCUAUGUCCCCUGGGCCCAGAGGCUCCCUUUCUAUAAAUGUCUCCCUCAUUAAAGCCUACAAGGCAGGUCAGCUAACAAUCACACAAGUUGGAGAGACCAUGGCGGUGAAGCUGGUGUCACAGUGCAAAAAGUGCCCAAUGCUCCGCAGAGGAUUCAACUACAUCAUCAUGGGUCAGGUGGAUGAAGAUGGACGUGGUUCCUUGCAACCGGGUGCAUUCACAGCUCCAUAUAAAGCCCCACACCACAAAUUACUGAUGAAUAUCAACAACCAGCCUUGUUAGCCUCAUAAAAGCCAAGAAAUUACAGCCUCACGUCACAUAUGAAUCCAGGCAUUUUAAUGUGAGCUAUGGAUCUAUUAAUGCACAAUUUUACAGUAAAACAUAACUUCAUUUUUUUACCCAGUUUUAAAGCAAUGACAUUGUUUUAGUCAAAAACCUGCCAAACCUUGUGUUUGUAAUUUAUAUCUAAAUAAAGGUUUUAUAUUUCCUUGAAAAGUUCUGACUGCAAACUUAUUACAGUGAUGACUCUGACUCCACCUUGUGGAUCUGGAGAGUAACAGCACAAGUGCCGAAAACUGAUUAUAACCUUUAAAUAAGCUGAAGAUCCACCUCAAUGGUUGGUCUUCGGUUUUGAUUGGAGUGUAAUAUGGAGUGAAUGUGAAUGAAAUAUCUACCAGGUAUAACUACAAAAGAGAGAGAGAGAAAUCAAUAUUGUUCUUAAUUUGGCUCCUUAUUUAAUGUGUUUCUUGUCUAUCAUGACCUGCCAUGUGUGCAGAAUCAGUUGUGAUGUCAUAUAUCUAAUGACAUACUCUACAUAUAUGUAAAGAGUCAUGUGUUUAUAAUAACACAUUAAACAUAACUACUUAUAAUAUAAUAACCAUGUAAAUGUUUGAAUUUUGAAUAAUAGUUUUAUCUUCCAAUUUGUAACAGAAAUACCUGAAGAUGUGCCUCAAGUGUUUUCUUCUUCAUCCUCUUUUUUUAAUCCCUCUUCUUUUUCUAACAUUCUUCAUGAUAGUCUUACCUCUCUUUUUGUCAAACUUAACGACACAUGAAAAAAAUGUUAAAAAAAUGUCCGAUUGUUUUAAUAUGAGGUUUUCAUUCUGCCCUUUUUGGGGGAUAUUUACCAUUUAUUAUCAUGUGAUAUCUCAAAAUGAUUGUAGUGUGGUUUUCUGCUUCCUGGUAUCUAUUAGGGGACAAAACCCAAGUAUCAGAUUGUGUUCAACAGGGUUUUGAGCAAAGUUUUUACCAUAAAGUGAUGCAAAAUGUCUCAG